GUGUUGACUGCUAUGUGUGGAACGAAGUAUAGUGUAUGUGUAUGUGCUGAGGGAGAAGCGCCGCCUCACCCACAGCCUAGCCUCUAAAUCUGCCUCUGAACACUGGAACGUUGAAACACUUCACAAUCACUUCUCAGCUUUUUAGCUGUGAUCAAAAGUGGUGAUUCGCUACGAUAUGGCAACGUUUUCUUCUUUUGCAGUCGUAUAAGCUCGCACACAAGAGGAAAUAAUCAAACUGCUUAAGUGCCGAAAUCGAAGCUUUGCCUGCGCAGAAAUUUCGAGCCACAAGCGCGGUCAAGCGUGUUUCUUUUUUCCAGGCCCGUUAUUAUUUGCUAGCAUGGUUAUUUCCAGAUAUUUCACCAAGACUUGAGUUUCUUCGCGACUGCUUUAGUCAGAAGCGGAAACGAGCUUCUUCUUUUUUUUUUUUUUUUCAUGUCGCAUAUGUGAUCCGAACACCGCCGACGCGCCGCAUUCGACUCAACAGGUGACUCUGUAUUCAAUGUGGUGGACUGCGCAUUGAUUUUAUGCCCGGUAUCUUUAGGAAAUCAGAUCGUCAAGCUAACGCCGGGCAAUCGUCGUCUCCUCGACUAACUGGAGCGGCCCACAAGUACGGCGCCGGGAACCGGAAACAUAUUUACACAUCAGCUGGAGAGCUUGGUGACCGCGGCGCAGGCCGGUGGCGGUGGUGCGCGUGGUUAGCGACUGGCGCUACAUGAUUUGGAGGGACGCGCGCUGCCCACGACCGAGACGCCAGAGCGGCAUUGAUUUCGCAAUGCCGACCGCAGCACACAGUUGACAGGCGCCAAGUGCCAGGUCGCGAUGGGCCCGACGAGCAGCGGGCCGCGCGCCAUCGAUCGGCGCAGAGGCAGCCGCUCUGGUCCGCGCAUGCGAUCUCGGAGCCCCUCCACGACGUCACUUCCGAAUUCGGCAGCACCUUUCGCUCGCGCACCCGGCUUUCUCUGGCCUCACUGAGGCCUCAGUGAAACUUCCGGCUCGCCGCGAAGUCCUCGACGUCGUCAGCGACGGACCGGCCACUGGUCUCGCGACGGGCCACCGUGCGAGCCGCGCAGCAACUGAGCCGUGGUGUGACACCUGCGACCUGCUCGGCCGAGGUCGUCGCCGAGCGGCACUCGUGCGGCUUCAGUGACUGACGGCUCCUCGGAAGCAACAACAUGCCGCCCAUGCCGUGCGCAAUGCCGCGACGCCACGCGAGAAGCCGUUCUGCAGGCGCGAGCUUCGCUGAGGACUGCGUCGACGGUCACUCUGGAGUCAAGCAGGUGCAGCAGCGCUGAGGCCGGCCUUGCAGUGAGGGCGGCGCCCUAGGCGCACAAUGCGCUGAUGUCGGGCCGCCGCCAGGCCCUGCUGUGCGUCGCCCUUCUCGGAUUCUGGGCCCUCGGCUCCGGCUGCCUGCACUGCAAGCACCGAGCUCGCAUCCUGCGAUAUCAGCGCCAGCGACCAGCCGGCGACGAUGAGCGGCCGGCGGUGCGGGUGUCGCGGCGCGCCACCAGCGCGUCGACGCCGGAGGAGCGUCUGGAGCGCGUCGAGUCGGUGGCGUGUGACAGCACCGCGGGCUCCUUCCCAGCGGACUCGGCAGCCGCGGCCGAGUCGUUCCACGUGGUGGACGUCGAGCUGCCGGAAGCACACGCCGAGCUGCUGCGCCAAAAGGUGGACUUGGCGGCCCGUCUGCUCGUCCAAGUGGCUGGACACAACAGCGAACGAUUACUGCUGCUGCUGCUGAACGAGACGCUGGCCUCGGACGAGCGGUUCUCUGCGUGCCGCGUGCUGUUGGCGGGUGCCAACGGCACCGCCUCGCAUCCGUGGGUCACUUACAUGGCAUCGCUGAGCCGCGCCGAAGCCGGUCGCCUUGCGGAGCGCCGCAACUUCCAGCUGGCCAACGUGCCGUGGCUUCCAACCGAGGACGAGGACGACUCGGCGGUGGCAGCGACGGCGGGCCGACCGCGCGUCGAUGCCACCACUUACCGCGGCCGCUGGUCCAACACCUACUACUCGUGCCAGUUGCGCCGUUGGCUCGUGUCCUAUACUGUGCUGGUGUUCCCUGGAAAGGCGCCGCCACCGGCAUCCUCGUCCGGCUCCCCGUCACCCUCGAGGAAGCCCGUGGCGAUGUUGAGCGUCGACUUGGACACGAGCGGUAUGGACAUCGACCAGUGCGACAGUGGCGCUCCGGCGAUUGCGCCUCGCGAUGGAGGCGAAUCAGCAGCAGCCGCAGUUACAGCCGGUGCACUCCGCAUCACCGCCUUCCACGGCACACAUCGCUGCCACAACAGAACCUCUCAGUGCCUGUUCGCACGAGGACAUGGUUGGUCUCGGGGAUCCUAUGUGUGCCAGUGUCGCCGGGGCUUCUACGCGGCCACUGGGGACCCCUUCUUCAACGGUUCUCUCGUCGAAAGCGCCUGGAGGGAAAAAGUCCUAUUCGGAAGGCCCACGUACGACAUGCUUUACGUCUGCAAACCUUGUCGCCCUGGCUGCAACGAAUGCGUUGACGACUCACCUUGCUUGUCACAUUACAAUUGGGCUUUCAGGAUUUCGCUUUUGACCAUAUCUGUGAUCUGCAUCGUGCUGACGAUGGUCCUGGCUGGCUACGUGUACCGCUACCGAAAGCUGAAGGUGAUCAAGGUGGCCAGCCCCGUCUUCCUCUGCAUCACUCUCAUUGGCUGCGCCAUUAUGUACUGUGAGAUGGCAGCUAUAUUUCCCGUGCUCGACGUCUACUGUUGUGUGGCUACCAAGUGGACUCGCCACAUGGGCUUCUGCAUCACCUACAGCACGCUCCUGCUGAAGACCUGGAGGGUGUCGCUGACGUACCGCGUCAAGUCAGCGCACAAGCUGAAGCUGACAGAUAAGCAGCUGUUGCAGUGGCUGUUUCCAAUACUGCUGGAGAUGGCGAUCUACCUGGGGACUUGGACCAUUUCUUCUCCACCCGAUGGCAUCUAUCUUAAAGACUGGCAUGGGCUCAAGUUUAAGCAGUGCGAAUACAACUGGUGGGAUCACACCAUGGCCAUUGGGGAGUUCCUCUUCCUUUUGUGGGGCAUCAGGGUCUGCUACAACGUGCGCAACGCCGAGUCCUUUUUCAACGAGGCGAAGCACAUCAGCUGGGCAAUCUACAACAUUACCAUAGUCAACCUCAUCAUGAUGCUGAUUCACUUGGUGAUUCUGCCGAGCGCGAGCCCCGAUGUGAAGUACCUGUUCGGAUUUAUCCGAACGCAGCUGAGUACCACUGUUACUGUCAUCCUAAUCUUCGGACCAAAGUUCUAUCGUGUGAUCAAGGGACAAGGCGACAUGUGGGACAACAGGGCUCGUGCCAGGGGCGUCACCGCUUCUUUUUCGCUCAAUGGGGUUGGACUCAUGCACGAGGAGACUGUGGACCUCUAUCAAGAAAAUGAGGAGCUCAAGGAGGAGAUUCAAAAGCUGGCGGCCCAGAUCGAAUUCAUGAAGAUCGUUCACAUGGAGAUGAACAACCGCCACCUGAAGCCCAAGCACGGGGGCUUCUUCAGCGGCAGCAGUCAGGGCAACUCCACCCAGAGUCCCGUGGUGAAGGCGAUGUGCAUCAAAUUCGACAACACCGACUCACCUGGCUCGCGCAUCUCGCCCGCCGCCGAGCUGGUCAGCGAACGAGUGUGAGACCUGUUCUUCCGACGAACUUCUGAGGCCGAUAUUGUUUCAAUGACAGUGCUGGUUGUGUUGUGUCCUGUCUGCGAUGUCCAGAAGUGACUCUGUAGUGAGUUAAGCGACCACCCCAGUUUAGCAACCUUUGGGCGAGCUUGGCGACGCUCGGCACUGGCCCUAUGAGGCGGUAACGCCGUUGGCGCGUUCGCCAGGUGGGCCAAACGGGAGUGUCGGCAGCGGAGGCCGCGUGGGCUUAUGGAGCGAGUGCCUGGUGUCUUCAUUUUGCCAUCGCAUACAUCAUGCGAUGGGCACAACGUGUUUAUCGUGCACUGCAAUCACGAACAUUUACCUGAAUCCACAAACAUGAUGCAGUUUUCCUCAGUAGUGCACCGUCGCAAAGAAAAAAAAAAUAAAGAAAGGGAGAGAGAGAAGGCUUACGGCCGAGAGAGCUGUGACCUGCCCGUCCGGAGGCGGCGCUAUAGCCAGCGCCUUAAACGCGUGCCAAAUCUACACGGCUCUGUACUUCAGUAAAUACGCUAGUGGAUACCACGCGGCGCAGUAAACAAGUAGGUUGUCAACUCGGGAACGCAGAUGCGAAACAGCGGUCAGCUUUGCAAUAGACUAUAUAUAUGGCUAUAUGAUUUGCUUAAAUGCUCCAACGGUUGCUGCAACAGCGCUGUGCUCGGUUCAACGGAAUGUAGAGAGAUUAGCGUUCUUGAAAAGAUGCACCUGGGCAUAAAAACAAGUAAAGACACAAUGCUUGAUUUCGUUACGUCUUCUAAUGCAGUUUCGCACGGGUGUGAAAAUAUAACAUUGUUUAAUUUCUUGAUCUCAGUGAGGUUUCUGAGCGAGAUAUCGUUCACAUUUGAUCAUCCUACUUAAAUUCUUCCAUCGCCGAAGCGGUCGCAAUACAAGAUAAAAAGACACUUGUUCUUUAUAAUGCGUACGACAUGAACCGAUAUCCCAGCUGGAGGCGCAUUUUCAAGAGUCGAGCAGGAAAUGCUAGCACGACGGUCGAAAGUGAACUGAAGUUUCCUGCUCCUUUUAAGAGCACCGUAUUUCGUGUGAUGACAUUUAAGGGCACUUUGGUACAUGAAAAUUUGGUACAUGAAAUAUAGACCGAUAUUCUGCAACGCGGCAACAUCAAAAAAAAAAAGCAUGUUUGGGACCCUCGCUUGUACUUCGUGUUUUAGGCGUAACAGCUACGAACACUUUAAGUAUCCGCACUGCUGAUCCUGUAAUGCCAGAAAUGGUAAACCCAUGUGGGGCAUGACUGCCUUCAAUAACCCUACGUAUUUUUGUACGCUUAGUGUAAAAGGCCACAUAGCGCAGGUUUUAUGCAAAGUAAGACCCUUCACAUCACCACUUCCUACCACGUCGCCAAUCGUAGCUAUAGCGUUCUACGACAGGCCGGCUGUUGAUCGCUUUCGAGGGUGGCUUUGAAAAAAACAUACUCGCGCCUCACGCGAACGACGGAAGGCCGCGAUUGUCUCGAGCACACCAUGGAUGGGAAGGAAGGCGAUUGGGGGAAGAAACAACGUACGUGUCGGAGAAAACAGUGCCGCCAGAAGAUCUUGUCCGAUGAUACCGCAAGAUGUGCAGUCACAUUUUUUGUGUUCUGUGUCACGCAGCGUACCUAUACAUCCACAAGCAUAAUCACAGGAUGUGAAUCUUAUUUCGCAGUUUCACUGAGAAAUCUGCACUUGGAGUCUAGCUGUCUGAAAUGUUCCUCACUCUGUGUGCCACUGUAUACUGUUCCUUCAAGAAAGAAUCCCACGUGUGAAUGAGGCGAGUCACGUUGUCGAUGCCUUUUCUCGGAGCCUUGCCCGGAGAUGGAAGGUUGUCGUUGUUUGUUGAGUGAAAGGUGGUAUUUCGUGUAGUUCUGUUGUGCCGUGCAUCAUCACUGCUUGUGAAAAUGUGGAAGCCGAUGUGAUGGAGACCUUGGGCGUGUUUCUGACACGGUCAGCAGAAGGCGUCCAGUGAAACUGACGUACCUAAGCUGUAGUCGUUGUAGGUCAUCGAUGUUCUUCUCAAUACCCUAUGGUUUUUUGCCACUAGCUGGUUUAUUACAUUUGUAAUCGCUAUCGUUUCCCCGUGAUAUACUUUUUUCUUGAGACGCCUUCGCUCAACAAGCUAUUAUUCGAAUUGUAAAAAAAUAAGUCCCGCAGUUCAGAUAUCAACGUCAAAAAAAAAGAAAGAAACAAAGGCGGAGUUCCUUUACUAGUUCGACGCAGACGCACCUUAUAGUAUAUAUAUAUAUAUGAAGCUAAAGACAGGUUGAUAUGAGAUUAUUUUAAUCUCAACGUUCCGUGAAGAAAAAAUUUUUUUGCACCUAUCAUUUAUACGUGUGUAGAACAGACUCAUAUAUUCCUGUUGUCACCAUGUAUAUACACCAAAAAUAGACGAGAAUCAUUGUUCCGCUGUUCAAUGAAACCGCAGUAUACGCACUGUGCAGAAAAUCGGCUAGUUGUCCAAUAGCUGGAGUGAUAGCUCUUGUCAAAGAAGCGUACAGCACGUAAGCAAAGUCGAAGUUUUAUAACGAACGUUGUAGGUCAGUUGUGUUUUCUUACUAUUAGCGUGCAAUCAUGACUACGUCCGUUGUAAUUGCGCAACGCUCUCAACUGACGUUACUUGUUUGAUAUUGUGCUGGGUAGGAGGAAUAAAGUAAGCUUUAGAAAUAACGCAAAGAGACUACUAAGCUUGACCAAUCAGCUACGUUCCUUAGGUUUACACUAAAAGUGAAGAAGGCCUCAUAUGGGACAGCAUUUCGUUGCUUGUUUUUGUUACAGUGUGGUUGAACGGCUGUCAGCCGUGUGUACUAAAUGCUGGUUAUCUUGCAACAUGGCAUCAUUAAAUUCGCAACACGCACACCUGAAUUGUUCGCAGUUCGAUUUUCGCUGCACAGAAAAAGUGGUCCGUGACUAUUUCUAACGGUGCCUAUUCGCUCCUCGCAACCUCAAUCUUCCAAAUGUGCAAGUACACAAUCUUUCGCAUUGGAAAACGGCAUGAGCCUGUACACAUACGCAUCGGCUUUUCUUCAAUAUCGUUUGUUGGAAGUGCGUGGCUAAGCAAUAUAUCUAUAGUUAUACUUGCGCAGUCCAUUUUAGAACUUGGUAUCUUAAGUAAGGAGCAGUAGUCCGCAAAAAUGCAUUGUUAAUUGUCCAUGAUUUCUAGCGAUUGCUUUUUUUUUUCUCGUCUACGCAUGUGAAACGUCCUACUCUGUUCACUCUAGCGUUUGUGUCUGUGUCCAAAAGCUUACCGCCAGUUGUCUAUAGUCUGAGCAGUCGCUUCUCGAGUUAUUUCGAGUGGAACGUUGAAAUAGGAUGCGAAGGUGGCAAGGCACCUCCCGAAAUACUUUGCUUGAGAAAAUGUUUUCUUCCCUUUCGGGAAGACCCAGGCAAUUCAGGCCAGCUCACAUAGGCCCUGGGCUAUUCUGCCAGCUCAUAUCCGCGGACAACUAAUCACUUUCUCUCUUGGUCGUUGAUUUCAUAAAUUAAAGAAUAAUAAAAAAAAAUAGGCGAUUUCGAGUGAUCACCGUUCAGGCUUCGCGAAGCCCACCUACUUUUGGCCGUGCAAUGUAAUGCGAAUGUUUGAGUGAGAAGCCUGUUAUCUUUGACAUGGAACAAUCUCUGAACGGCGCUGUGCCGUAGAAUAUGCAGUGAGCAGCAGUGCAAGUGGUGAGCACUUUAUUUGUCAAAAUAGUCGUGAACGCGCUCAGUAUGGGUCGUGCUGUAUAAUCGACUCGUAAAUAGUAGGUUUCGAGGCGUACCAAGAAACAGUGUACCAGUCACAUGGUGUAGAAUGGCGGCACACGCGCUACGCGCAGUCGAUGAGGCACCUGCCUCAUGUCCCCGAUGAAAAACCCCGUCAACUUACAAGUACCUUCGAACUCCGCAUUUCUGUGGGUGUGUUCUUAGUGUAAAUAUCAGUCUGUGACGCGUAGUUAAAUAUCAACGUUUCCAAUAACAUUGCCAUUGAAUGUUUCACAGCGCCGUGCGGGUUGUUAUUAUAAAGUAUUUUGCCGAUGGUUUCUUUUUCUUAUUUCUCUUUCAUUCUGUCUUUCUUUUCUUUACUGCUAUCAUUUUCCGCAGCUGAGCUUCAGGAGACCGAGACAUAUACUUGCUCGGUUGUAAUCAGCCUGAUAAUUUGUCUUACCAUAGGAAAUCAAAAGGACAGCACACCAGAUCGUUUGAAUCUUCUAUGAGCUGAUUUGAACAGAGGAUUUGCACUGCUGAAUGAGACAUAAAUAGCUUACAGGGGCCGGAUUCACGACUUUCAAGGCAGGAGCGUUAGUACGGAGCGCAGAUUCACACUUGCCAGUGUCUUGGCCGUAAGGCGCUUGCUGCAAGCGCUUAUUACGAGCUAGGCAAGAGUACAAAGCGCAGUUAUUUGCCUUUGUCCGUGGUUUUCGGAAAGAAAAAAAAUGUGACCUUGGGACACACUUCCACUUGCGAUAUUGCGUAUUGUACAAGCGUGAACCCGACCCCUUACUAUUUUUCUGCCGCUAGUGUCGGAAAAGCAGUGCCAAUACAUUAUUUUUCAAGCUGUCCUGUACCAGUUGCCUUAGCGGCGCCAGCCGCUGGGAGAACCAGUGAUAAAAAAGCGAUGCAUAGUAUAUUCUGACCGGAGUCAGCAGAGCAUGCCGCGUAAGACCGCAUUUAUUGCAAGCCGCGAAGACACGAUUGUGUCAUGUGUCGACGGCAUUCAUUUUAUCAAACCUGAGAAACUGCGCAGCGCUGAAGUAAUAUGAGACUUUGCCUAGGCUGACUGCCGUAAAAGUGCAAGGUUAAGAAAGUUGCGCCCUAAUAUCAAAUUUGACGCGCGUCAUGGCGUUCACUCUAUAGGUGCAACUCGCAGGGAAAAAAAGAAAUAAACACCCGAAAUUUUUCUUGCGUAGAUAGACAGUGGUUUGUUACUUGUCGCCACAGUAAUCCGCCGCCGUAACUUGAGGUAUCGAAUUAGGCAAGCGGCUAAUCGACGAAACGUGGAAAAUGGUUGGCUCCUGCAGCGAACACGCGCGCAUAUUCCUCGCGGCUGCUUGGUCACUUACAAAGUGGUUCAAAUGAACAAGAUCUUCCAGCCUGGGGGCGAGAAAUAUAUAGCCAAAGAAAGAAUGCAAAUAGAAAUGCGCUGACUUGGUGACAAGAGAAAAAAUACUGCAAGCCACUGAGCGGACUUUAUUCGAGUAUGCAGCACAGGUUGCCCACAGUGGUUUUCGGGCAAUUAGAAAUAAAGCUAUGUGGGAGCAUGACGAAUUUAGGACUAGUAAUCUCCGUGUGGAAUCGCUUGAUGUCACGUGCUCAUCAAACGCUCACAGACGCUAAUACUAUAAGUCAGAUCUCAUCAAUUUAGUAAAGCUUACCAUGCAUGUUUUUCAAGACGUUAACAGCGAUACAAAUCACAUUAGGGGCGCCCGCGGUCUCUGCAUCGGUGUUAUAGAAAUACAGAAAUAAAAUCCCUUGAUGCACAAAACUUGUCAGCCAUACCUGUUCAUAAAAGAACAAGCACAGCCACUGACGGAAGAACGAAAUUAUUGUUGUUCCAAAAUAGUUUCCGACCUCUUUGACUAAGCGGUCUAAAACGUGCUUUGUUUAUUAUAUAGUGCUAGCUUGUUGCGGAAUUAAGUGUCUUUCGUGAGUUACAUUUCAAAUGGAAGGCUUAGUUACGCGUAACAGUGAAGAUUUCAUGGCGUCAACGAUAAGCUAAAUGUAACGAAUGUUCCAGGUGUUCUUUUCUGCCUCUUAAGCCUAGAGACAUUCCAAAACUCGAGCAUGUUUGUUACGCCUAACCGGAGGUCUUUCAAGAUUGCCAAUAAAAUUGAGCACCUAAAACGGCUUUGUUAAGACAGGAAAACCAAGAGAAAAUAGUAACUCUUUCUUCUGAAGGCACCCUCGAGGCGUCAGCUAUAUUUAUCAGAGGUGAAAGAUGGCCGUUCAGAAGAAGUGCAUGUUUAGUAGUCGAAUAAAUUCGAUUAGGCUGCAUGAAACAUAAUUACUAUUGCUUGGAAGCCUUUCCUCGUAAUCAUAAUUCCUGCUAAUUAGUAACUAAACUGGCGUCAAGAUGUGCGCUAGUAAAGGUUCGGAAGUUAGCUUCAUACACUGUAUUAUAGCCACACAUCAGAACAAGCCAUGCUAUUGAAGUUAUCAAAAGUGAUUCAACAAGUGACGUCUUAGGCUGGAGCAAGGGUUCUUCUACUGAUCGUAUUUGGAGUCUAAAAUUUGUUGUAUCCUAAGCAUUUAUAUAGACGGCCGAUACUACUUCCCAAGAGCCAACCAUUAGAAGUGUACGUAAGUCAGUUUGGUGCACGUCCAAUUAACUAUUUUACUUUAAACUGCUGUGUUAUAAACGCAUUUCUGACAAAGAGUUCAUGACAAGGACAAUUACGUACGCGGACGUAUGUCAUGAUAACAUUCAUACCUGUGUGACAUUGCUGCAUUUUUAAAGCUGGAGUAAAGCAUUAUUGCGUGUUUGUGCCCGUCUAGGUCCAGAAAAUGGGAGAAUAACAUUUGCAAUUGCGUCGUGUUCACGCGUGAUAAUAUGCAGCCUAAAUAGUAGCUGCAGAACGAGAAGGUUCCACGAUGUAUUUUUGUAAACUUAAAAUGUUGGGACACCCGUGAUGGGUUAGACUGAAUGUUAGUCCGUAGUGCUACAUUUCACUCCUAUUAGUCGGAUUUAGGGCUAAAAUACGGCACUUCAGAAAGUAUCUAUACGCCAGGGACAAGGUAUCUUUUGUUCACAGUUGUUUGUACUUUCUUUGAAAGUUAACUUUCUUUUGUGCAAUGCGGUUUUGCUGCUCUGUAAUAGCUGUGAAAAGGUUGUGUGCCUAGUACUUGAACAACAAAAAAUACCGAUGGACAUUUUAUCACAAUUUGUCGCAUGUUGUGGCGUUGUUGUUGAAUAAAGGUACAUUUUUUUCACAAAAGAUAAAAAACAGAGCGAGUUCUUGGGUUUACUGUAGUUUAUUCUUUUCGGAACACUGCCUUUAAUCGUAAUAAUGUGCGCUUACAGAUACACAAAAAGGUUUCGUGGUGGCUGGGUCUGAAAGUAUACUUUCGAGCCGAAUUCGCCGCCAUGGCCAUGAGCGGUGCCGGCUAACACUCCCAGGUCCAGGAUUACCAAACAUUCACGAAUAUCCAAGAUAACGAAAAAGAUAUUCAAAACCACAAAUCGGUUGAACAUUUAACGCGUCAUGCGGAGAUUGUGGUUCUGGCUUCCACCAGCCUCCCCGAUUGUGUCAUUACUUUUCCAUUUCAGUUUUUCUUAUUAUUAUUGAAAUUGAGUAAAAAACUCUAUAAACACACACGUUAGUAUCUCCUAUGCUUUCCUUAACUUCAUUGUCUGUUGGGGAAAUAUGUGAGACUGUGUGCAACAUGUGUUUUGCGACUGCCCUGAGUACGUGUCACCGUGGAAGACGCUAGGUUCUACGCUGGCAGGCAUCGGAAGGCAAGCAUUGUCGGAAGAUGUUGCAUUGGUUGCAUUGAGUGACCAGGGGGCACAGCAGCAAAAGCAGCUACACGGGAUAUAUGGCUUGUUUGCGGAGCAUCGAACUGGACUCGAGGCUUAACAAAGCCACUGCGUUACAUGGAUGCGACAUACGCAUCGCUUCGUCCUGUUUUCAUGAUCAUCCCCUUCUCCCCUUGCCCAUGUGCAGAGUAGCAGGACAGAGAGCAUAGCUCAGGCCGACCACUCUUCAUUUCCAACAAUAAAUUCGCUUUCUCUUUCU